AUGAGCGGUGAACUAGCAAAUUACAAAAGACUUGAAAAAGUUGGUGAAGGUACCUACGGUGUUGUCUAUAAAGCAUUGGAUUUAAGGCCAGGGCAAGGCCAAAGAGUGGUCGCAUUAAAGAAAAUCAGAUUAGAGAGUGAAGACGAGGGAGUUCCUAGUACCGCCAUCAGAGAAAUCUCAUUAUUGAAGGAAUUGAAAGACGAUAAUAUUGUAAGAUUAUACGAUAUUGUUCACUCUGAUGCACAUAAGCUAUAUCUUGUUUUUGAGUUUCUCGAUUUGGACCUGAAAAGAUACAUGGAGGGCAUUCCAAAGGAUCAACCGUUAGGAGCUGAUAUUGUCAAGAAAUUUAUGAUGCAACUUUGUAAGGGUAUUGCAUACUGCCACUCGCAUCGUAUCCUACAUCGUGAUUUAAAACCGCAGAACUUAUUGAUUAAUAAAGAUGGAAAUUUAAAACUAGGCGAUUUUGGCUUAGCGCGUGCUUUCGGUGUUCCACUGAGAGCUUACACUCAUGAAAUUGUUACUCUAUGGUAUAGAGCACCAGAGGUCUUGCUAGGUGGGAAGCAGUACAGUACAGGUGUCGAUACAUGGUCCAUCGGGUGUAUAUUUGCCGAAAUGUGUAAUAGGAAACCAAUCUUUAGUGGUGAUAGUGAGAUCGAUCAGAUCUUCAAGAUAUUCAGAGUAUUGGGAACGCCGAACGAAGCUAUAUGGCCAGAUAUUGUCUACUUGCCCGAUUUCAAGUCAAGCUUUCCUCAAUGGCGCAGGAAAGACCUAUCACAAGUUGUACCAAGUCUGGAUCCACGCGGUAUCGAUCUGUUGGAUAAGUUGCUUGCAUAUGACCCUAUUAACCGGAUCAGCGCCAGAAGAGCAGCCAUCCACCCCUACUUCCAAGAAUCAUAA